CUGGGAAUUCAAACACCACCGACUAGGAGGCCCGCGCGAUGCCCUCCACCACCACCAGCGCCGGCGGUGACCAUGGCGGCGGCGACGAAAAAUCGAAGGACACCCCAGUGGCUGCGAAGACCAUCGGUUUCCUGGUUGUCUUUGGCAUCGCCGCGAGCAUCGCCAAGGCCCUUUUGACGAAGCCGAACCCUCAUCCCCAGCGGCCUCGAGGCCCCCGCAUGGGCUUCUCCAAUAGAGCGGUCUCCGGCGACGGAUGGGGCGAUGGGCCCUCCUCGGCUCGGACAGUGGUGAUAGCAAAGGGGGACACGCUUUGGGGUCUGUCCAAAACAUAUGGGGCCACCGUCGAUGCGAUCAGAGAAGCAAAUGGGAUCACCGGAAACAAGAUCUACGCCGGAAAGAAGCUGAUCAUCCCCUGACUGACCUCAAUCUCUCUGUUUCGGUGACCUCUUUAACCUCCUCUUCUUUUAGCUUCGUAGUGGGUUUUAUGCUUGAGUAGAUGCAGCCCAUGUUUGUUGUUGUAUUGGUGAACUGUACUACUACUACUACAACAUGAUUCUAUGACUGCUUGUGAGAGAAAGAAGUAGCGAUCCAUAAGACUCGUUGAAGUUGAGAACAAGGAAUUAGGUUAGUUAAUUAAGCACUUCAGCUGAGAAGUAGACUGGAAUCUCUAUUGUGGAUUAAUUGCUUUGGAACUGUUUGAUCUGUAGAAUCUCAGGGAAAUGCUGCAGCAGCAUGUUUGGUGUAUCUAAGAUGUAGUCCAUGACUAACAUUGUUUUGUUUUAUUUUGAGGUAACAUCAAACAGAUAAUGUUUCCCUUGGUUUAGAUCUCAUCACUUCAUCCCUGUGCUACCACAUUCUUUGAUCAAUGAUUGAAAUGUAUGUCACAUUCGAGAAUGUUGCAACCUAGUCUCUUGAAUCAACAGUUGGUACAGUCAGGUUCUCAGGUUCACUGCUUUGAGUACCAACAUCAUUACAUUUGCAGUUUAUGAUUGUCUUUGUUAGAUUAUAUGAUCCUAUCUAAUUAGGUAAGAUAUAUUAUAUAUAUAAUUACAUUCUAAUUAUGAUUAUCGACUAAUAAAAAGAAAAUCCAAUUAUGAUAUGAUUCCUUAGGUGAUGACCUUGAUGGAAGGGACUCUCCUAAUCAUCAUCUUAGACCUUCUACUCUUGUCUAUAAAGGGAUAUAAUCUCAGAAGGACCAUAUAUCAGUUAUUGAGAGAUAUAGAUCUGUUCUCAUCUCUUCUUGUCCCUAAUCCAUCACUCAUAACGAUUCUGUGAAGAACAGGAAGAGAGGAGAAGGCGAGUUUAGUUUUACUUGCAGAUCGACAUUACUGUCGCUUUCGGAUCUGACAAUGAUGCACCUACAGAUCAGAUAGAGGUUUUUUGAAUGACAUCGAAAGGUAGGCAACGUAAAUUUGAUCUAUCGUUAUUUGAUUUUAAUUUCUAGUAUUAAAGUUUUUCGUAUAAUAGCAUAAUCACGAUUUUUAUGCUUAUAAUUGAUAUCAGAGUCAUGUUUUUAAAAUCAAAUAUGUUAUAUUUGUUUAUUAGCACCCUUUGCUUGCGAAAAGGUGUUAUUUAGUUUUUAUUUAUAAUCCAUGAACGAUCCGUUUGUAUUGUCGAUAUGUUUUUUAUCUAGUUCGUCCUAUCGUCUGUUUACGGGCGAUGUGAGGUUUCUCGUAUUUGAUCGAUGGACCACUGUCGACAGCUUGAUGUCGAUGAUAGUAUUGCUGGGGGUGGUGGCUUCCGGUGGUUGUCAACCCAAUCGUGGGGAGCGAUUGUGUACAGGUGCUACUGUACACAGCGGAAGCGUCGUGAGGUGUGGUAGUCGACGAUGGUUGUAUGCACGGAUGCUUAUGUGCAAUAGUCUUACGACGGUUGGCUUGCCUUAGUCGUAGGCGGCUAUAGUAGUGUCGUUGCCUACGUGACUUUUGCUAGUCGCAACCCGUGUCAACAUGAUGUUGAUGGUCACGAUUCCCAAUGGUGAUGGUGCGGGCGCAUAUUGUGCAGUGGUGGAAGCUGUCGCAGAUGCUUGGGCAUUGUGGAAAGGGGUCGUUGUGGAAAAGGGAAUGGUGGCGGUGGCUGGUGAGCUGUGUCACCAGCCGGCUGUGGGUGCCAAUGCUGGCAGCAACUAUACUCCAUGUCAUGAGCUAGCAAGUGUAAACUUCAUAGUGUUUGGGUUUAUGAGAACCUGUGAUGACCACUCAGCGGGGAGCUUUAUGACUCUGCACAUUUGGUAUUCUGCAACGUAA